GUCUCAAAAAAGAAGAAAAAAACGCACGGGGGACAGCCGCACCGAGCCACUGCCUCCCGGUUCUGCGCUCUCUGCCGCUCCCGUCCCCCCGAUCUCGCCGGCUCGCGGCCUACCUCGCCGGAAGCCGUCGCCCCCCUGCCCCCCGGCGCCACCCCUCCCGCCGUGCUCCUGCCAGCGGGUGCCCGCCGCUCGCCGGUUGUCCCGCGAUGAGCAAGCCAGGCGGCAGCGCUGGCGGCGCCACGGCGGGCCCGACGGCGGCGGCCGCGGCCGCUGCGGCGCAGAAGCAGCGGGCGCUCCUCCAGAAGGCCGACGCCGACGUCAGCAGCCUCGUCGACAACUUCUCCGCCCUCAUCAACAUCGCCCGCGUCAACGACCCGCCCGUGCGCAACUCGCAGGAGGCGUUCCAGAUGGACAUGCGCGCCUCCCGCAUGGUGCAUUCAGCAGACUCUCUGUUGAAACUAGUAUCGGAACUUAAGAGGACAGCUAUCUUUUCUGGGCUUUCUUCUUUGAGUGAGAAUGUUGAUAGGAGGAUUGAAGUGCUCAGUCAACAGGCAGAGGAGACAGAGAGAAUGCUGGAGAGGAUUGGGCAGGAAGCAGCAGCAAGCCUUAAGGAGUUGGAGGCACAUUACUACUCGUCUGUUGUGCGGACUCCGCUCUAUGAUUGAGGUAGCCCCCAUGCCCAUCUUGAAUCAGGCUACCAUUCCAGGCAGCGCCAACAUCGGUGAUCGGAGAGUGUCCAGGACAGAUGUUGGGCUUGCGGCCAUCUGGGCGCCAUGCACAUGUAGCUUGUGAAAGAGCAAAGGUUCAUCGCGCCUCACCCCCACUCCAGUAGCUCUGGUUCCUGCACCAUUGUCUGAAGUCGUUGGCAGAAGAGAUCUGUCUGCUCCAGCAUGUGCUCCUUGAAUAUCAAGCGCCAUCUUCUGAUUGUUCUUAAAAUCAGCGACCAAAUCUGUUUCAAAGAUAGCCAGACGACACCGUUAAAUACCAAACUAUUCCUGUGCUUCCACAAAGCCCAGAGUGUAGCAGCUACAAUAGUAUUAAACACAUCAAGUCUUUUUCCAGCAAUCCAAUAUGAAGAAACAGAUUCCAUAUUGGUGCCCACUGGUUUGGCAAGGAAGCUACUGACUUCCUUCCAAACCAUUUUGGCCACCAAACAAUCAAAAAGAAGGUGUUGAACACUUUCAUUUUCAGAACAGAAAACACAGUUUAAAGGCUUGUUCAUCAUUCUCUUCUGCAAGUUAUCUCUAGUCAUGAUCUUACUAUAUGAAACUAGCCAGAGGAAAAUGUGAAUUCUGGGGGGAACAACCAGCUUCCAAACUGCAGGAAUAAAAACUGGUGUCACACCUCUGUAGUUAAUAAUAGCAUACAGAGAGCUAGUGGUGUAAGUGCCUGAGGCGUUGUA